UGAUGUUUUGGGGUCAACUUCCGGUUGAAGCGUUUCGGUGCCAGCUACGCUGCUACCGUUUGCGAAAGGGAUUAUUCGUAAAGACAAACGACUUUCGACGUAUACUACUGUUCAGAAAUGGAUAUACUGAAAGCUGAAAUCGCAAGGAAGAGGAAAGUCAUCGAAGAAAACAACCUUGUCGACGACUCCAAGAAAUUCUUCAAAAGGUCCGAUCUUGCACAGAAGGAACAAGAAGAAUACUUCAGAAGAUGUGGAUACAAGGUGCAGAGAGAGACUCCCGAGAGCCAGAUUGAUAAGAAAGAGGAAAAUGAGCCAUCCACCUCAGCAAAUCCAGUGUUAGGAAUGGAACCAUCGGAAGAGAAGCUGCCGAUGACGCUGUCGCGACAGGAGGUAAUCCGGCGACUUAGAGAGCGCGGUGAACCAGUUCGACUAUUUGCAGAGUCCGACUAUGAUGCUUUCCAGCGACUCAGGAAGAUCGAGAUUCUGACCCCAGAAGUAAACAAGGGCUUGAGGAAUGACCUGAAGGCAGCCAUGGACAAAAUCGACCAGCAGUACCUGAACGAGAUUGUUGGAGGGACAGAGCCAGGAGAAGUGGAUACACAGCACGACCUGAAAGUACACGAAGAAAACACCACUAUAGAAGAACUGGAGGCUCUUGGUAUAACUCUGGGAACAGGAGAUGACGUUGGAGACCAAGAGGUUAUUGACAGGUUUUUGAAGUUUCUUCUUGGUGUCUGGGCCAAGGACCUGAACAGCCGAGAGGACCAUGUGAAGCGCAGCGUUCAGGGGAAGCUGGCCAGUGCAACACACUCACAGACUGAGUCCUAUCUCAAACCCCUCUUCAGGAAGCUCAGGAAGAAGAGUUUACCAGCUGACAUCAAAGAGUCCAUCACCGACAUCAUUAAAUUCAUGUUGGAGAGAGAAUAUGUCAAGGCAAAUGAUGCCUAUCUGCAGAUGGCCAUUGGAAAUGCCCCCUGGCCUAUUGGUGUGACCAUGGUGGGUAUCCAUGCCCGUACUGGGCGAGAAAAGAUUUUCUCCAAACACGUGGCGCACGUUCUCAACGAUGAGACGCAAAGAAAAUACAUCCAGGGACUGAAGAGACUAAUGACCAUCUGCCAGAAACACUUCACGACGGUUCCAUCAAAGUGUGUCGAGUACAAUGCUCUUUAACUUCUUCUUAUACUCUCAUCUAUUCAAAGGCUCUGUCAGAUCCAUAGUAGGAUUCUUUUCAUAGCAGCUGAAUUGCGGGUUCUGGUCUGAUUAAAGUGUGGUUGUGGCAGAAAUGUCUCAAAAUCUUGUGUAUCAGAGGCCUUCAAGUACAUAUACAUUUCACAGGGAAUCUGCAUAAUUACGAUUCGGGAAAUUUGGGAAAGACCUGUUGUCAGAUUAAGCUGGAAAAGACUCAACAGCAGUCGACUCUUAAGAUUUUCCCUUGUGAAUUACUGGGAAAGCCAAUCAUUCCCUUUAUGUUUGCGGAUACUCUGAGAAUUCAGAACCAUUUCUGCAGGAAUGUUGAAAUGCUCUCGUUCUAGGCUUCUGUAAAAUCGUUUUUCUUUUAAUACUGGCUUACUUAAGCUUUUCAGAGAUUUGUUUUUCAUGAUGUGGCAAGCAAAAAGAGUCUUUUGCCAAGGAAGCUGCAUUAGUGUAAGUUUUAUUACAUCUGAGAUAUUACAGUUGUUAACACUCGGUUGACGUGCUGUAACCACUGCAGAGUCCGUUUCCUGUGCAUGUUUGUGUUGUUACGUUUUCAGCACAUAAUGAAACCAAUCAGUGUGUCUCUGAGAAAAAAUAAAGUGUUGUUAAAUACCA